UGGCCAGGCAGCACCCAUUUCGAGACUCCUUUCUCAGACUCGAAUUGGUAAUGACAAAAGCUCUGGAGAAUCUUUCACUGCGCUGCAUACUUGCAGCGCUCUGCCGGUGACAAGAUGUCCAAGUCUUCCGACCCCAGGAAUUUCUUUGAAUCAGAUGCCCAGCAGGCAACGAGGGAGAGACGGGAUGCAAAGUCUAGCAAUAAAUAUGGCAACCCUGUAGCUCUCAAGUCCAAGAUAUUGGCCGCUAUCGCAGAUCCGCGCUCGUCCUCUCCACCAGCCAUAUUUGUUGCCGAGUCGGCCGGCUCGGUGAGGCAUGUCAAACUGGGCGACGAACCUGACACAAAAACAGUGUACCGGGGCCCGUCCGCCCCCGUGACGUGCGUCGCCGUAGGCGGGGCAGGCGGCAGCACACUCUUCGCCGGCUCGUGGGACAAGAGCAUCUGGUCCUGGGACCUCGCCACGGGCCAGCAGGGGCGCAGGUACACGGGCCACACCGAUUUUGUCAAGACGGUCGUCUGCGUCAAACUUUCCUCUGGCAGCGGCAGCAGGGACAUUCUCAUCAGCGGCGGCGCCGACAAGCGCAUCAUCGUCUGGGACGUCGCCACGGGCAAGGAGCUGCACGUGCUGCAGGACCGCGUGACCAAGAUGCUCGCGGUGCAGCACCUGGCUGUCGACCCGGCGCGCACCACGCCCGACGAGGUCCACCUCGCCAGCGCCUCGAGCGACCCGCACGUCCGCCGCUGGCGCGUGCGCGAGGCCUCAUGGGAGCAGGUUGUGGACGAGGUGCCGGACCCGGCCGCGCCCGCCGGCUCCUCCGACGCGGUCACGGAGCGCCGGACGUUGCUAGAGCACGAGACGGGCGUGUACCGGCUCUCCUUUGCGCCCGGCGCCGACGACGGGGAGUCGCUCGACUUGUGGACCGCCAGCGGCGACGGCACGGCCAAGUGCCUGUCGCCGCAGCAGCGCGGCCUCGCCGUCGUCGACUCGUUUAAUCAUGGCGACCACGUCAGGGCGCUCGCCGUCGUCGGUAGCUGGGUCGUCACGGCCGGCCGCGACGAGGACCUAAAGUACUGGGACCGCGCCUCGGGCGAGCUGCACUGCGCCCUCGAGGGCCACUACGACGAGGUCACGGAUCUGCUGGCCCUCGCCGACAGCCGCCUCUGCAGCGUCGGCAUCGACGGCACCGUCAGGACCUGGCCCCUCCAGAGGGCGCAGCUGGACGCGCUCAUCACGGAGCAGCGCGAGGCCGCUGAGGGGAAGGUCAAGGAGCCAGAGGCCGCCGCCGCACCCCAGGAGGGGUUGCUGUCGAUUGAGGAGGAGGCCGAGCUCGCGGCCUUGAUGGAUGACGACUGAGGAUUGGGCCGCCUAGGUUCCUAGCAACGAAACAUGAAUCCAGAGGGUGAGCACUUCAGCGAAUCAACACCCUCUCUUGGCCAUGGAUGCUGUAUGCCAAGACUCCCAUGUGCUUGUUUGCGCAUCAUGAUAUGCGUAUAUCCGUCUUGGCCCUACCUGCGUUCACACACGAUUGGUGAUAAUCCAUUAGACUAGACUGGUCCUUCUUGUGGCGCUCGGAAGCUACAUGCUUUACAUACCCCAGGGUCUAAUACAGGGACAAGCUUCUUAUCUAGCCACGUGCGUGACACCGCCUUUGCUCUUCCAUCGCG